GUGUCCCACUACAAGGUUAGUGAAGCUGUAGCUUAAUAUAAUUCACCCAAAGGGUGAGGCAGACGUUGGUGCAUGAACAAUGCCACUUGUGGAAGCCAGGGUGAUGUGAGGGGCUUGGCCACUACGCCCAUCCAACAAGCAGAGGAAAGAAUCCUAGCAGCCAGGGAGCCCACACACCUUCAGUUCCGGCCUGCCGCCCAUGUGGCCCCAGGCAGGGACUGCAGCUCCUCCUAAGACCCGCCCCCCAACCCAGAAGAAGCAGAGGGCAGCAGAAAAGGCACCCCAGAACCCUGCAACCCAGCUUGGACGUGAGUGUGUUAAACUAGAGUGCACUGAAAGUGGGGGACACCUCCAGGAGCAUGACCGCUGGCUGACGGUGUGUCCCCUCACCCUAAAUGUCAGUGUGCAGUUAAAUAUGGGUGGUGAUCUCCCAACCAGGGCCAGUGGCGAGGCCACAACUGGCCGCACCCCCAGGCCCCAGUGAAAGAGCCCACGCCCGGCCCUAAAUGUAUGUGUAUGUGGCUAAGUAUGAGGAACUUUGGGAGAUCGCCAGUUCCCAGAGGGGUCCAGCAGACAGAACCAUCAAAGUGAAGGCUCCGUCCACUGGCCCCCUGAAGGAAGCCCUCAAAUUCCUGGAUGAGUGUCUAUGACUAAUGUAAUUAAAACUGCAAAGCUUCCCAUGAGACCAGUCUUCUAGCCAAUUGUGGCAACUGUGAAAAAAAAAUUGAGGCCUUUCUGAUACAAUGUAUCGAUUUAUUCUAACAGCCCUGAAAGAGGUAACUUGAAAUGUCAAUUGCAGUGACAGAAGAGUUUGGACUGUCAACUUCGUAAAACUGGUCCAAAUCCAGUUGUUCCACCAAACACGUCUAAAAAAUUAAUUAACAAAGAAAUAGUAUCUACAGUACUGUAUGUAUGUAGAGCCGCUUCGGACUUUAUUACGCCAUUCAGUGGUCAUUAUCAGUGGUUAUCAGCCCAUACGUAUGAGCCGGUAGGUGCCCAUCUACCUGCUGGCAGCGGUGAAUAGGUGCAGUAGUUCGCCGUCAUCCGUAAGGUAGAUCAUGGCUCGGAUGAUUUAACCAGCAGAGUCAAUAGGGGCGCUGUUGAGCGAUUGUUGUUCAGACGGGAGGAUUGAAGUUUUUGAUUUUGAUUAAUUAGCGAGCAUAACUUAGCAACUAGCUAGCUGUAUUGUGUUAGCUAACCGUAACCUGAACCCCCCACCCGUUAUCUACUGUAACCCUAAUCCUAACCACAAUAACGUCCAAAGCUGCUAAACGUAGCGACUUAGCUAGCUGUUAGCGAGUAGGUAGAGCAGGCACCUACUGGCCCGUACGAAUGGGCUGAUAAAUAUUUAUCUAUCUAUACUUGUGGAUUUUCAGAAGGUGGGAAACCGAAUUUAGAUGUGAUUUAUUUAAAUAUGGAAGGUAGGAUGAUCACUAACGCCUACACAUUGUAAAUGUAUGUACAUCAUCUAAAGAAAAUCAAAGCCAACAGGUAAUUUAUGAGUUGUUUUAUAUACAGACCAAUGACAUAUUUCAGUGAGAUGUACAUACAAUUACAACUGUGUCAACUAAACUAAACAUACUGUCUUCUGUUCACCCUAACCAGCAGAAUCCAGGGCGAAGGGCAAAAAGCCAGGGCUGUGAACCAGCGUAUUUGUGGUUCCUAGAGCUCAGGAGCCAGUGCUCCUUUGUUGUCUUUUGAUGGUUGAUGUUAAAGAAAUACAUAGAAUAUGUCCAUGUAAAACAUGUGAAUGACUACUGAUGAUCUAAACCAUUAAUAACUUUUCACUGUCGUAGAUGUUGUUAGAUUUCGGCACCAUCGGCCUGAAAGCGUUUACUUUACUUUGAUAAAGUCCUUCAGAAAUUUAUUCUCACAAUAUAAUCUAUGAACUUCUUGUUUCUGUGAAUUGGCAUGUUCACCAUUACUUGCUGUUUUCAUUUUGAGUUUUCGUGACUCUACAUUGAGGAAAUACAUAAUCUAAUGAAUCAGUCUGCAUUUCUGGCUAAAAAUCGUCACCAAGCAACAAAGUAAUCAGUUAAGACAAAUACACCAACUUUCCCCUCCUCAAGACAAAACCACGUGCUUCCUGGGGAAAAAAGUAGUUUGGGGAAGUCACAGAGCUUCAUUGUUACACGCACAGUGAUGAAGUCUAACUUGAUAAUAGCUUUAACUCUCUGCAGCCUCAGUAAGUACUGCCAAUACAUUACUUUGUGUCUUUAUGUGCAGACAUAGUGUAGUUAAAAAAUGUAUUUCGUUAAACGCUUUCACUUUUACCGUAACAUAUCUCGACAUCUUGGUGUCUCUGUCGCUUGUUGCAGGCUGGAUCUCCUCAGGUUCUCUCUCACACACUGUGCAGGUCAAGCCUGGUCACGAUGUCACCCUGCUGUGUCCUAACAUUUCUAAAUCUGAAACCAUGACCUUCUGGUUCAGGCUGGUCAACAGGACCCAGGCCAGCUGUGUCGCUGUUAUGACCAGAUCCUACAGCAAAGCCGAUUUCUGUCAGGGAUUUCACGACAAAAAAUUCGACAUGAGAUCCAACACGACGACUCUCAUACUCAAAGUCAAACAAGUGGAUUCAUCCGACUCUGGACUUUACUUCUGCGGAUUUUCAGAAGGCGGGAAACCGUUACUAGAUGUGAUUUAUUUAAAUGUUGGAGAAAAAGACAGUGAUAAGUGGACUGACAACGAGGAACCACAACAACCACCUGGUGAAACCACUUAUGUGCUGAUACUGCUGAUCCUUGGUGGUUUUAUUCUUUUCCUCCCUGUGGCUGUCAUUGUUGUCAAGAACUGUCCAAUAGUUUCUGGUGACAAGCAGAAUCCACAACAUGAGAAAGUGGACUGUGACGACCUGAAGGCUGCAGCACUGAGUGUGUUUUCACCAGCAGUAAGAAGCAGGAGACCUGCAUCACAGAGACAAGUGGAGACUCAUGUUACUUACGCUGCCAGCAGAUAGACUCACAGAGCAACUGCUGCUCUUAUCAGACUGAUCUACUGCUGUGUUCUGAUGGGAACUUACAGUACUGCAAUGAGUGAACAACCAAAGAGGCUUGGUGUUUGUCACUGUCUACCUGUGACCUGACUUUAGUGACAACAGAUUGAAGAGAAUCUGCAGCAGAGCAGCAAAGGGUGAGAUGCACGCGCUGAACUUUACAGAAGUGAAAAGAAGAAGUGUUUGUAUUAGUGAUAUGUUUAAAUAAAUAUCGGUACACUUCUGACACAAACGUGUGACUAAUCUUGGUGUAAACGCUUGUGAACUUGUGAAAAUACGCCUGGUGCAUCUCAACACAUCUGCAGUGUCACAUGAAAGCAUUCACUGUGCAGCUGCUUCAAGUAUAGACAUUGUGCGUCCCCAAAUAUCAUCCUGUCUUCAGCGUCAACACUAGUGGGUGGUUUAAUGUAAGACUUCCUAUUAGUGGCUGAACACAGUGUCAGGUUUUCUCCUUCUCCUCAGCCUGUUUUGCUGACACUUUGGUUGUAAUCAGCCGCCCUUUGCUUCAUGUCCACCACUUUUUUUAUUUACGCUGCUGUGCGGAACCUGCAGCAUUGACACCUGCACACACGGUCCGGCUCAGACGCAGACCGUAUUUAAAUGAAUAGCAUGUAUAUACUCAAUCAUCUGCGCUCAUCUCUACCUUGAUUGGGAUGUACGAAGGAAACAGGCGUAGAUUUGCACUCAGUGGAGGUCGAUACAUUUCUACUUACGCAGUUCUCUGAGGCCCCAGGGCUUUUGAGCAACUACUGUCCCGGUGAUUUGUACACAUUAGUAAACAUUUCCAGCUUUUUUGACAGAUGAUGCUGCCAUCAACCUCAAAAUGA